AUGUCGACCACGAAUGUGUCCUCUUCACCGGCGGUGGUGACGGCCUCUUCGAACGGAACGCUCCAAACCGGUGAAGGAAAAGGAAAAGGAGUUUCAGGUGAUGCGUCCUCUUCGUCUCCCGUACCGGUCGUGUUACGAGUGAGCCAACUGGAUGCGCACCAACUCGAUAACGAACUCCUGGAAAUCAUCUUCCUCAAGCAACUCGGGAAGUGUUUCGAUUGUUUCGACGAAAGCAUAGCUUCGAAAUACAAAGAAGAGAUGAAGGUAUUCCUGGAAUUCUUACUCUGGUUUAAAACCGUGCGAGUUUCAAAACCAACGCCCGGGAUGGAGAUGAUGAACGUGACGUAUUUAGACGAGAAAGGAAUCGCCCAAUUCGGGAGCAUAAGAGAGCAGCAAAAAUGGACGCUUUUGCUGUGCGGUUCUCUGUGUAAAUACCUGUACUCGAAAGCGACGAAUUUCGCCGCCAAUAAGUGCUUACCAGAUGACACGACGUCGAGAGUGGUGAAACUGUUAGGAACUGCGCACUCGGUGGCGAGAACGAUGAAUUUGAUUUUGUUCUUGUACUCGGGGAAGUUUCCGAACGUGCCGCAACGAGCGGCCAACGUGAGAUUCGCGCACGAAAAUCCAAACGCGGGGAGGGCGAUGACGUUCGAGUAUUUGAAUCGAGCGUUGGCGAUGAGAGAGAUUACGGAGGUUGGGAAAACGGUAGUGAUGCCGAUGAUGGAGAGCAAAGGGGCGAGGGAGUUCUUUAGGAGGGCGAAGUACGUGCUCGGCUUUCGUCAACAAGGAGGAGAGGCGGCGGCGAGACUAGAAGAGAGCGAUGACGACGACGAAGAAGAAGAAGAAGAAGAGGAAAUAGAAGACGAAGACACGAAUAGAAGAAAACGGAAAGAGAAGAAAAGUAAUAAACGACUGGGAGGGAUGAUGGUGAGGACAAUACGAGACGCCUCGACCGUUCGAAUAGGAGAGGAUGGAUUCGACGAGGACGUCGCUAUUUGCGCAGCGUGCGGCGACGCGCCUAUUCCGUGUAACGCGUUCGUCGCGAAACGGUGUGGAUGUAGCUAUUGUUAUUAUUGCGCCGCGGCGAGAUUGGAGGAGUGUAAAGCAGAAGGCAAUUGGAAAGGGUUCGCGUGUGAAAACUGCGCGACGAGAAUCAACUCCUUUCGCAGGAUAAACUUAAAAACGAUAGAAUAA